AACCGAGCAAUCAAAGUUCCGGGGGACACACAAUCCAACCAACUGGGAGAACUCACUGCAAUACUGGUGGCACUACAACUCGCCGACCCUCGAACCCCACUAAAGAUAGUAACGGACUCCAGGUACGCCACCGAAGGCCUAACGUCCCACCUCAGCCACUGGGAGGAUCGAGGAUGGAUAGGUAUAUCGCACGGCGCCACGCUAAGGGCCAUUGCCUACCACCUACGGAAGCGAGCUGCUCCAACGGCCCUCCUCUGGGUGAAAGGACAUGCCGACAACGAGGGCAAUGAACAAGCCGACCACCUCGCGAGUCUUGGCGCUGCCAAGGCCCUAGACGACGAGGUGGACCUCUCCAUUCCAGACAACUUUGACCUACAGGGAGCAAAAUUACGCUCAGUGACACAAGCCAUAGCCUACUCCAAAAUAUCUGGGCAGACACACCUUGAAUACAACCGGAAAACGAUAGAACUGCUGGACGUAACUAGACAUGCCGUGCACCAAAUAUCAACCAACAUGGAAACCGAUGAGACAAUAUGGCUCAGCUGCAGGAAAAAGGACAUUGCGAAGAAAGUUCAGAUAUUCAUCUUCAAAACGCUACACAACGCUUACAGAAUAGGUGAAUUUUGGCUGAACAUUCCUCAGAAUGAACACCGCGCAAUGUGCUCGGUGUGCCGCAACGAAACUGAAUCAAUGGACCAUAUCCUGACAGAAUGCACCCACCCAACUCGGAGGACCAUCUGGAUGUUAGCACGCGAUCUUUGGCCGUCACAACACGGUCGAUGGCCAGAGCCGACCAUUGGCUCCAUCCUUGGGUGUGGCGCCCUGAACCUCCCACACACUACUGAUAACGCAGAUCCAGAGGACAAAGCAAGGGCAGCGCGGAAAAGAGGCGCCUCGCGCUUGCUGAGGCUACUCCUGUCGGAAUCUGCACACCUUAUAUGGACCCUGAGAUGUGAACACGUCAUCGGCGGCACUGCGCACCCGGAGGAAACCAUCGCCAAACGAUGGCAGAAUAACAUAGACCGGCGGUUACAAAUAGACCGAGCAAUAGCGUGCAAGAAGAAAUCCAUCGCACAAGUCCGGAACACGUGGGCUGACGUAAUUGAAACAACCCCCCCAAUGAGUAACGACUGGGUAACCACCCAUGAGGUUUUAGUGGUAUUAGACUACCCAGGCCCCCGCAGAACGGAGGAACCG